GAUUCUCUUUCUGCUACAGAUUUACAGAAAGUAAAUAUUGUUAGCAAUCUUACAUGUGAUGCUAUAAAAGCAAGUGGAAUUGGUGCUUACCUUGGCCUAAAGGAGGAAGAUAUAGAAAAUAUGGUUAAUGAUGAAACUGAAGAAUGUCUUGACAUUUUUGGUGCUCUAGACCUUGGACAAAGGGCACAAAAGGUUGUGUGGAACACGCUUGGCAAGGCCUUUCUCCUGACAAAUUUACUGGAUCUUGGCCACCUAGUGAAAGUAAUGGGAAUGAAUGAUAUAAAUGAAGUGAAAUUAAAUAACAAGAGAUUCUACAUGGAAACAAUAGCAGCAUUAGGUGAAGAAAUAGAAGAUCCAAAAUUGAUCAGAAUUUUAGCAACCAAGUGGUUAAUUGACAAUCUGAAUAAGACCUUACCAACAGAAGCAGUUGGAGCUUUGGGAAACAUUAUUUGUGGUUUACCAACGCCCACUAUCACAGACUUACUUAGUAAGAACAGAGCCUUUGCUAAACUUUUACCUAUAUUGAGAAACAUAAAGGGGUGUCCAAUGAUGUGCUUGCAGGAUCUUGCAGCAAUAGCUGUAAGAAAUUAUGGAGAUCCAAGCACAUGGAGUUCAGAAGACAUUUCUGCUUUAGGGGUUAUAAUGGCAGGAUUGAAUACCAGACAUUGGAAAUCGCUGAAAGGAACUCGGGGUAACCAACCCCUCUGUGGCUUGACUCCUCGUGCUGUGCAAUGCUUACCUCUGAAUGUGAUUAAGGAUCUUACAGUUGAACAAGUGGCAUCCCUGCUUCCAAGUGCUGUUUCAGUGAGUGAAGACAAAUUCUCUGUGCUGCCGGAACAACAGAAAGAAAUACUAAAAAAAACAUUGAGACGUCAAGAGAGAGAUUUAAUUAAUAAAUCAGUGUGUAAUUUGGUUUUAAACAUACAAACAGUCAUUAUGUUAAAUAUUUUAUGGUUUCAUUUAAUCUUUUAG